AUGGCGUCACUCCUCGCAGACACCUAUGGCGUGCUUUUUAUCGGAGUCUCCCUCUCCGGCGUACUAUUAGGGAUCAUGUGUCUCCAAAUGUACAUAUUCUAUAAAAGGUUCCCCCAAGACACGUUGCAGACCAAGGCGGCUGUCGCUACCACAGGCGUCCUCGACGUACUCACAUUUGCCCUCAAUCUUCAUGGUCUCUACCACACGACGUUCGACAACAGCGCGAACUUACUCACCAUCCUGAACCCGAUAUGGAGCUUCAAAAUUUCGGUGCUGCUAAGCGACCUCAUAUCUUCUGUACAGACUAUGUAUUGUGUAAGGCUAUGGAAAUUUUCCAAGGAGAGAAGGUUUAUGCCUGUUCUGGUGACUGUUGCAGCCGUAGUGGGGUGGGCUAGUGCCUUGAUGAAUGGCAUUCAGACGUGA